AGAGGGAGGGAAUGGGCGGGAUUAGUAGUAGGAAGCAGGUGCCGUUUUGUUAACUUAAGGCGGAGAUCUAGAGUUUUUUUGUUUGGUCAGGAAUGGUGGUUCGUGGUGCGCGUUUUAGUUCGAGGUUUUAGACCUUGGAGCUGCCUUUAAGUUGCGCGGUGCAUUGAAGAUGGCGCCCUUCGUGGAUGUCAAUGGCGGGAGUGUCGAGGGUGGAGGUAUGGAGUACGAGAAAGGAAGGAAAUUUAGCGUUGAAGAGGUUGCAGCGCACAAAAAUACGAACGACGCGUGGAUAGUGGUUGACGGAGAGGUUUACGACGUUACGGCAUUUUUGGAGACUCAUCCUGGCGGUGCUGAAGUCAUUCUAGAGCACCUGAAGGAGAGUGAUGUAGGGCAGCUAAUGAGGGGUGCCACUAGCACCUUUGACCAUGCUCACAGCGAAGCUGCAUUCGGUAUGCUCAAAGACUAUCAUGUUGGAAGUCUCGACGGCAUAUAUUGUGCAGAUUCAACGGCUAUGCAUCCAGCGAAAGAGGUGGAUGACAAAUCCAAAAAGUUUAUGGUAGACUUGGGCAAGCCACUUGUUUUUCAGGUUGGGCAUCUUGGAGACGGAUACCAGGAGUGGGUACAUCAACCCAUCGUGCAGAAAGAGAGUCCACGAUUUUUUGCCAGUGAUUUUAUGGAGUCAACAACGAAGACUCUUUGGUGGGUCGUGCCUUUGAUAUGGAUUCCAGUUGUAUGCUGGUUGCAAGUCAUUGCCAUUCGCAGGGGAUUUCCUGUUGAUAAGUUCAUUACUACCAUGCCCUUGGGCUUCCUCAUUUGGUCACUUGUGGAGUAUAUCUUGCAUCGUUUUCUUUUUCAUGUGAAAACUACUAGUUAUUGGGGAAAUACGCUUCAUUACUUACUUCAUGGCUGCCAUCAUAAACACCCUAUGGAUGGUUAUCGACUUGUGUUUCCACCAACCUUUGCGACUAUGUUCGCUAUACCUUUAUACGGCAUGAUUAAUCUCAUGUUUUCAAGAACUUGGGCUCCAUCAGUCUUUGGAUUUGGUUUACUUGGAUAUGUUAUGUAUGAUGUCACACAUUACUUUAUUCACCAUGGUUCUGCAGCAAAUGAUUUUACUCGGAAUUUGAAGCGAUUUCACCUCAACCAUCACUUCAAAAUGAGGGAAGAUAGCUACGGCAUUACAUCCCCGUUGUGGGAUUAUGUAUUUGGCACCCUUCCGGCUAAAUUGAAAUAUGAAUCCAGUGUGCUAAAUUGAAGCCCGAAAUCUUCAUUUGAAUACUUCGGGUCUCCGAAUGGACCUAGAUGCCCGAGAAAUGCAGUCGGCGGAUUAAAACAGGUUAUUGAGGUCAUGUUGCUUCCAAACUGCUUCCAGCACUGGACGCUGUGUACUAUUACUGGAUGGAUUCCUGAGAUCCUCGCUUAGUCCUUGAGGGGUAACAAUGACACAUGGCAGUGAUAUCAGUAGUUUGAUUUCUGCGUGUCAUAUUUUACUUAAAGAAAUUAAUAUCUUAGUGCAGUAUUGUCCAUUGUUCAUUACACUUAUUAUUUGGAAGCUGUAGGGAACGUGUCUUCUUAGAUGGCGUGGGAAAUGAACAUUUGUGUUCUGCACACUUCAUCUCAUGCUGUGCGUAGCAUGCACGGUACAACUUUCUUUGGAUUUUCUUAGAAUAGCCAGCACAAUUCUUUGUAAAGAUAUGAGACAAAUGUAAGCAGUGUGCCAGAAUAAGGUGGAAAUAAAGCUUCUCCUUGCCAAAUGUGGUUGUUGGAGCAAA